UUCCAAGCCUCGUUUGCGAUCUCAAACAAAAAUGUCGGAAACCAUCGAAGCACAGUUAGGUUGCAUUUCUCAGGCAAAUGCCUUUCUUAACAAAUAUUUUUCGCUUCGGAAAAGAUGUGAACAGUUGCAACAGGCAAACGAAAAACUAGUUAACAGAGUUCAGCAUGUCAAGAAGUUAAUCAAACGUUACAAGAGAGACCGAAGGUACCUCAUUAGUCGACUGGAUGAAUAUGGAGAUGGAUUUCGAGAAGCACAAGUUCCUGUCAUGUGGGAGGAGGAUGAACUGUUCAACUGUCUACGUCCGCCACCACCCUAUCCCUGUGGUGCAAGUAGUGAUGAUGGAGAGGGAUCAUCCUGGCUUGGUCUUGGAGAUCGGCAUUCUGCACUGUCUGCAAUUCAGCCUCUGCUUGUGGCUCAUGGACUCGGGGACAGUACCCUGGCCAAUGUAGCAGCAAGUGUUGUAUCAAGUGCAAAUAAGAACAAGAAAGUGAAAACAGAGAAAGACAAAGAUCCCAGUGCCCCAAAGAAACCUGCUAAUGCUUUUCUUAUGUUUUGCCAGCAGCGCAGACCAGCUAUACAAGAAGAAUAUUUAAGGGAACAUAAACAAGAGAUAGCCCACCAUGAAAUGACUCGAAGACUGGCACAGCAGUGGAAUAAUCUCUCGCAAGAUGACAAAAAGGAGAAAGAACGCUAUGAAAAGGAGCUAAAAGAGUAUUCUGCCCGUGACAUCAUCCCACCACCUUCAGACUCCAUUCCUGUGCCAGCUAGAGAGGGUGUCAUCCCGUCACACAGUCUACAGAUCAAGAAAGAGAGAGACUGAGGUAGUCAUGGUAGACUGGGUUUGCAUGUCAUUUAGUGUAAGGCAUUGAGCCUGAAAUGUUAAGAGAAAACACCCAGUGCUAGGGAGAGAACACUCAAGUUGCAAGAUGAGUUGCAUACAUUGACUGUGAGCAGCUUAGCAGGGAUCAUAAUUUUGCAUUAGACCUUUUCCAGAUGCCAUUGUCCCUGUUUGCUGGCGAUUCCUUGGUGAAAAUAUGUGCAAUAAAGCUAUAAAAAUCAGUACUCAGGUCAACAAAUUUUGUUGAAAUCCUUAUGCAUUGUCUGCAUCUGACAGUACAAGGUCUUAUAAGUAAUAACAAUUAUCUUCAUUGCUAAGCAGAUUGAAAGGUGCUUAUAUUGUGAAAGUAAAUGAUUAAAAGAUGGCAGAAACUCUUAAAGUUCAGUGAAUGUUGAUGGCUGUGCUAAAAGUUGGAUGCAAACUUUAUUCAGAAUUAAUAUAAUAAAAUAGUUUCCCAGAACCUUGCUUUCUUUUGUCAGAUAAGUCAUCACAAUUCAUGAAAAUGUAUUUACUGUUCUUAAAUGAGUUUGAAUUAAUAAUUCAGUUUAUCAAGUGGCCUAGGUAGUCUGGUGUCAAAAUUGUUAGAGCGUGUCACCAAUAGAAUGAGGACUAGCUGUCCAGGGUUUAGAUCUUAUCGUCUCUGCAUGUGGCCCCUGCUGCUUGUCACGAUCAAACCUUAGUUGAUAGCAUCAACAUAAAGCGCCAGUUUACCUCCCUUACCCUGGCGGCUACAUUUGUCCAGCGAGGGACUGGACAAUUUUUCAGGCACCUUGUUCUUAUAUUUGCAGCAAGUGUUUUUUAUUUUUUUCUUCAUAGCACACUGGGAGGUAUGAAGUUUUAUUCUUCGUGUGAUAUCGCUGUGGUGAAACCACGCUCAAUCUUUUUUCAGUAUGAAAUUGUACAAAUGUGUUUCAGUGUUAGGCCACGAUAGCGGUUUUGUAACUAAAUAUUUUCAUAAAUGAGAACAAACAUUUAUGGUGUUAAAGAAUUUCCUUUUUAGUUUCCUGCAUGUGCUUUCAAACUAAUCUCACUGGUUCCUUAAAUAAAGUGUUAUUCCUUUUUUAUUUUGCUAGUUUGUUCAUGUUAAUAUUUGUUGCACAGACUGUUUGCUAGAAUGUCAUAUUUAGUAGGGCAGGGAUAUUAGGAAAUAAAUUGUGUUUUUUCCUAAAUAAAAGUUUCAGAUACUGCUUAUACAAAGAGAUCAAUUAAAAUAGGAGAGUUUUACAAAAUCCUGAAAUUUAAUUAUAAAUAUAAGUUUAAAAGAAAGUCUUAUCCUAGGACAAUAUAUUUUUCUAAUUUUCAUGGUUGAGUUUCAUUGUCAACAACAGCUACUGUGUAGAUGAUUUUGUUAAAUCUUAUUUCUUUAUUGAACUUCAGGACAGCUUGUAGAAUGCAGACAAAACUUUCUUUAUCGAAUUUUGAGUGACUUUACCGAGUCUGCGAAGUCAAUGCUUAGCUAAUUAUAUAUAAUCUGAUUUGCUUAUCGACUAUGACACCAGUAAGUUUACAUAAGAGUAUAAAAGUCCACUGUAACAUAAAUUCUGUUCCUCUCAUUAUACUUUCGAGCUGACUUUUCGAGAAAGGCAUUUCCUUUUGUUGUCGGUAGCAACAGACAUGUGCUUCUGUCCGACAUAAAAAAAUAGCAACAGGGAAAUGUUUGUAGUCAGUAAAAAAUGUUGAGCAUAUAAUAUAUACAAAUGUAUAUUUAUUUUUUGCAUGCUGCAUAUGAAUGGAGAUGUCUGGCUUGAAAUGAUGCACCUUUUUUAUGCAAAAAUUACAUGAUAACAUUGUGUGUGAUUGUGUUUUGAAAAAAGUGUGAACAGCACAUGGUUUCUUUGUCAGAAUGAUUGCUCUGAUGGAGCAAAGCUUUUGUGAUCAUUGACAAAAGUAAACAGAAAUUUGCUGACAUUCUGAAACUUGACUCCUCGAAGUAGAUUGAAAUUUCAAGGAUUUUAUUUUUAAACCUUAGUGAAGGAAUGAAGAAAAAGGUUUUGUGUGUUGCCGAAUUGUUUACAUUGACUUGUUUUCAAAGAAGCAUAAUAGUCAUUAUUGUAAAAGCACAUAGAAAAGACAUCAUCUUAAAAGUUGUGUGGAAAAAGAUAGCUAGCAUUUGCAGACCAUGUUGCGAAAACAUUGUAAUAUUUUAUUUGACUUUAUUUUUUUAACAUUUUCUUGAUUUGCUUGAACAUUAACUUAACUGUUCUGUUUUAAAUAUUUGAAGUUCAAUCCCCUUCAUUUCGUAUUGACAUCAUUUACAUAAAGCUGACCAUAUAUCAUUCACAAACAUUUGAUUGAUCAAUACUGUGUCGCAUUACGAUUGAAUAUUAAUCAUCUCUGUUUGGGCACUAUGGACUGUGAUAUCCUCUCAGCAUUAGAGGUUUUGUUGUAUUUCACAGGUCAGAGAUGUUUCAUUUUCUGUCAUCUAUGGCAUGAACAAAAGUACUUGCCAACCAUACCAGCAGCUGAGAAGGCAUGCAUGCUACAAUGGUUAGUGUGUGAUCAGAAAAGAAUUUUGAAGUGGAAAAGAGUGUGAGGAAAGGAGAGAACUAUUAGUAGACGUGUGGUUACUGUCUAGGUGCUUUAAAAGUGAAUAAUAUGCUUUGAUACCAUCA